UCACCAUCGACUAACCGCCUCUGUUUUGGGCCGGGAGUGAGUCCAUUUUGAGAGUGCCAUUUGUAAAGCGGAACAGCCUGUGUUUAUAUGUCAAGAGCUACAUGGUAACCUUUAGCGCUUGAUCCAACUUGGCUUAGUUUGGAUGUCAUCAAUAUACGGCUAAUAGGACACUUCAUCUAGCUGGGACGUACCGGCUGCGAUUUGGAAGCAACUGUGAUGCAGGCAGUAUACAUGCUACCUAGCUAGUGGACAUUGCUAUUUUGUGAUUCUAAAGCCAUCGGUCUCUUGACGUUGUAGCAGGAAUACAGAAUGUCUGAAUGAGCUUCGACAUCCGUACAAAGUUGCUGCAGAAUAUGGAUUAGAGCUUGCUUUCACCAGCUAUAUCAGAUUUAGGAUCAGACAUUUAUUACAUUUCAUCUAGUCCACAUUAAAAGUGCUGUCAACUGCAUUGUUGCUUUCUAUUAGAUUUGAUAUCAACGAAUUUUAAGCAUUUUAUCAUAUUCUACAUCAGGAAGCUAGUUCUAGCUUGUCUAUGGAUGUUGAGUAGUGGUAUCAAGUAUCAUUUUGUAAGGGAGAAAAGACUUUAUCAAUCUACACUUCUAUUACUCAAUGGACCUGGACCUGGAGUGUUGACUUUGGCUGCUUCUCAUCAUUUCCUCAAUAAGAAACCUCAGAAUCAACAAGCAAAGUCUAGCAGUACUCUGACAAAAAAGCCAAUUAAUGAGCUCACUCCUUAGGAUGGUGAAAACUAAGGCUUGUCUUGCAAGCAUUUCUAGACAAUAGAAGUUAUCAUUGCUAGCUCACUGGCUUUCUACCAAACCAAUUGAAUCCAUUUUGGUAGAUCGUAUGGCAACCUUCUGGUGGAUACCUGGAAUUCAUUGCAUGGAUACGUCAAUGUGAGAUUUCAAACCCAAUAGCAAGACACGUGAUCUGGAUCGUUAGUUAUCUGGAGGGAGUUUUAUACCUGUGAUUUGUUGCUUGGUUCAGCAGUGAAUAAACUGGUAUCGAUUUAGAGAAACCUGCAACGUAAGAAUGGCAGAAGUCAUCUACAGAUCCACCUUUACCAGUAAACGGUUUCUGAUUGGCCGUGAGAAGGAUAGUGAAAACAGUGAGGUAGCAGCUCUUAUCAAUCAAUCUCUCAAUCGGGAUCGUAUCAGUGCUCCUCCAUCUCAUCCCGCUCCUCCUCCACCAGCUAAUAGACAUCCAGUGCCUUCCCCUGAUGAGGAUACCCCAUCAGUAGAGAUGCCCGGGGAAUCCCCUGAUGAUAAUCAGCUGAUCCAGGGUACCUAUGAUCUAGAUGAUACCCUAAGCAGCGGUGGUGGAAGCUCAGUGGUCUCACCAUCAGAGGCGACAGCUGAAGACUAUGCUAACCUUAGGAUCAAACUCAAGGAGACACAGUACAAGCUUGCCAUGGCUGAGGCAGAGAUACCCAACCUUAAGAUUCAGGCUCUGCAAGCCCAAGGCUGGGAGACAGAGGAGAAGCGUUUGAAGAACCAUAUAGAAGCCCAGGAUCGUCGGAUGGCUAUCCUAGAGAAGGGUUUGGAGAAGAUACAAACCCAAAUAGACAGCAUGAAAAAUGCCCUCAACGAUUCCAAGGAACAGCACGCCGGUCUCGAGAAGAAAUACCAUAAAGCCAAGAAACUCAUCAAGGACCUACAAGCAAGGGAGGAGGAAUUAGAGGAGAAAGAACGUCUUCAGAAACAGAUCGAAGAUGACAAGGAUGAAAGGCACGCUAAGGAGGUGGAGCAUCUUCAAGCAAGGGUAAGUAAGGGAGAUAAAACAAGAUGUGCUGAUCAAGAAUGAUGGAAAAACAUGAGA